AUGGUGGACACCCUCUCCUUCUCUCCAUCCUCGAGCCUCGAGAUCGAGAUGGACGACCACGGUUCGGCGUCAAGAGACCAGUCAAGGCAGAAGCUGCUCCAGCACUCGGUGAGCCCUGGUCGAGGAUGGCUCGGCGGGGUCGCCAGGCACACGCUGGGGCUGAUGCUGCUGCUGUGUGUCGUCUUUCUUUGGACCAUGUGCAACUUUUUGGGUAGUAGCAUAUUCGCCGACAGCACCUAUGCCAAACCCUUCUUCCUCACCUAUCUCAACACGUCGACCUUCAUGCUGGCCAUGAUUCCCAACCUCAUCCGCACCGCGUACAGGAGACAUCGCGACCGAGGGGACCUGUACGAUACCGUUCGCUCAAGCGUGUUACGCACAAUCAGCAAGAAAGGCUACAGACCGCUGCCGGAUAAUGACACCGUACAAGAAGACUCGCAGGGAGACGACAGCGAGUCCGAAAUAUCCAUACACAAGCGACGAACGGCUGAUAGAUCGACAGUCGGCGACCGCGACUUCGGGUCGCACGACGUGGGAGAAGAGGGCGAAAUCCUAGGCAUCAUCCCGACGGCGCGGCUAGCAUUUACAUUCUGCAUGCUCUGGUUCGGCGCCAACUACUUCGCCAUGUCCUGCUUGCAAUACACGACCGUGGCAUCCACCACGAUCCUCACGUCGACGUCAAGCUUCUGGACGCUCCUCAUCGGCGCGCUCACGCAUACCGAAAAGUUUACGUGGAGGAAACUGUUUGGUGUCUUGAUGAGUUUCGCGGGCAUACUGUUGAUCAGCAAGGUCGAUCUAUCGGCAAGGACGGAUGGAGAGACGGCCCCGACGAGACGAGAAGACACCUUCCCCGACAAACCGGCCGGGGAACUCGCUCUUGGCGAUGCCCUCGCCUUGCUGUCGGCCAUCCUCUACGGCGUCUACACUGUCAUGCUGAAAAAGGCCACCGUGACGGCCCUGCCCCGAUCGAUCAACAUGCCCCUGUUCUUCGGCUUCGUCGGCACGUUCAACUUCAUCUUUCUCGCUCCUCUGUUCCCCAUUCUGCAUUUCACGGGGCUGGAACCGUUUGCGUUCCCGCCCACGCGCCGGAUCUGGACGGUUUUGAUCAUCAACAGCGUGGCGAGCUUUGCGUCGGACAUUUGUUGGGCAUAUGCCAUGGUGUUGACCAGUCCAUUGUUGGUCACGGUGGGGUUGAGUCUGACGAUCCCGCUGUCUCUGGUCGGCGAGAUGGUGUUGCAAGGGCAUUAUGAGGGAUGGGUUUAUUGGGUCGGCGCGGGAAUCGUGGUCGGCAGCUUCUUGUUCAUCGACCAGGAAGAGAAGCGGGAGGAAGAGAGCGAAGGGCAAUGGCACGAACGGCCGGAUAUGGGUGUUCGAGACGAGGAAAGAGAAGGCGAGGUUGAUCUCGGAGGGCGCUCUACGUCGGCGCUUGGAUAUGGAGCCGGCGGAACCAUGCAAUCAUCCUAG